CUCUGCUCUUCCCUCGUUCCAGCCGCUUCACCAACACAGCUUGCUUUACUGUCCCAAAGCUACCAUGAACGUCUGUGCCGGUCCGCGGUACCUGGGAGGACAAAGGGCCUUUUCUUCUGUUUCUGUCAUUGGUGGCCUAGGUGGUGGUCGUGGCAGCUGUGCCCCUGUGUGCCAGCCGAUGGAAAGGCAAUGUGGAGUCGGCGGCUACACCAGCAUGAGCCUCAAUAACUACAGUAGUGGAGGCAGAAGAAUUGCUUACAGUCCGGGCUAUGGAGGACGUAUCUAUGGAGGCAUGGGUGGGCAGAACAUGGGGAUGGUGGGGGGCAUGGGCUAUGGAGGCUUUGGAGGAGGCUAUGCUGAUGCUCAGGGCCAGCUUGGAGGUUUCGGUAGGAUGGGUGGUGUCCGAGAAGGGAUCCGACGGGUCAGUAUCGACGAGCGUCUCUUGAGGCCCCUCUCUGUUGGAGUCGAUCCAGAGGAGCAGAAAGCGCGAGCUCACGAGAAAGAGGAGAUGAAGACACUGAACAACCAGUUUGCUUGCUUCAUUGACAAGGUCCGAUCCCUGGAGCAACAGAACAAGGUGCUCACUACCAAAUGGGAGCUGCUCCAGCAAUGUGUCCAACCUACAAGGAAGAACAUUGAAGCCUACUAUGAGAAUUUCCUUGCCACCCUUAAGAAACAGUUGGAGUGUGUCUUGAAUGAGAGAGGAAAACUGCAACAUGAACAGAAGAACAUGCAGGAACUAGUAGAGGACUACCGGUCAAAAUAUGAAGAGGAAGUAAACAAGCGCACAUCUGCAGAGAAUGAGUUUGUGGUGCUCAAAAAGGAUGUGGAUUCUGUGUUCCUCACCAAGGAAGAGCUAGAAGCUAAAGUAGAUGUGCUGGCACAAGAAUUGGAAGCCCUGAGAUACGCCUUUGCACAGGAGUUAGUUCAGUUCGACCACCAAAUCUGCGACACUUCAGUGAUUCUGAAAAUGGACAAUACCCGAGACCUGGACAUGGACCUUAUCCUGAAUAAUGUAGAAGCCUGGUAUCAGAAUAUUGCUCAAAGCAGCAAGCAAGAAGCCGAAGCCUUUUACCACAACAAGAUUGCAGAGAUACAGAAUCAUCGGGGCAAAUACAGUGAAGAGCUUAAAUGCAACCAGCAUGAGAUCAUGGAACUCAACCGAGUAAUCCAGAGAUUGCAUAGCGAUACUGAAGCUGCCAAGAAGCAGGUUUCCAGUUUGCAGGCAGCGAUCAGCGAUGCUGAGCACCGUGGUGACACUGCCCUGAAAGAUGCCCGCAGUAAGCAUGCUGAACUGCAGACUGCCUACCAGCAGGCCAAGGAUAAGCUAGCUUGCCUCCUCCGUGAUUGCCAGGAGCUGCUCAACACCAAGAUGGCCCUGGACAUUGAGAUUGCUACCUACAGAGCGUUGCUGGAAGGAGAGGAGAGCAGGAUAUGCACAGGAAACCCUGUUAGUGUGGCUAUGAUGAGCGGAGGAUACCCAGUUGGCGAAUGUGGACCUGGAAUGGGAGCCGGAAUGACAUAUGGUGCUGUAGGGGGUUAUGGUGGUGUGGCCGAAGGGUUCACUAAUGCAAGUACAGGAUGUGUCCACACCAUGGGCUCCAGAGCCUCAGUUAACUCAGUCAGCAGGGCGGCAUCAGUGGGUUAUGGGAUGGGACAUGGCUCUGGGGUGGGCAGUGGUGGCUUUAGCCACGCAAGCGGUGGCUAUUCCUCCAGUGUGUCCACCAAGCACGUGGUGGGCUCUGGAGGUGGAAGGCACAGCACAGGCAAGUCUGGAGAUAGCAGUUGUGGGAACGUGCACCAUGGCGGUGGAAUUCACCAUGCUGGAAGUACUGGGAGAGCAGGGAUGGGAAAGUACAGCUCUGGAGGGUCUGGGCAGGGAGGCAUGGUAGGAGCUGUGAUGAGCUCCCGAGGGGAGAGCAGUGCUGGUGCCAGAAAUGUGCAUGUCUCAUCCGUCAGUAGUACCUCGAGAAAAUAUUAA